UCCCACUCUGUCCACCCAUCCAAGAGGUUGUAGCAGAUGCUCACCUCACUUUUGACUUUUUAUCAACACUUGGAUUGACAUUGCGGUGGAUUUUAGGAUUACAUUUCUUCGCACCUGUAAAGGAGGUAACUUGGGGGAUUUAUCAUUGGAUAGGGGAUGAUGCUUUAAUGCUGAGCUAAGGGACAAGUGCACAUGUGAGACCUGGAGGAUAGGAGCCACACAGAGCGAGAAAGAGAGACCUCCAGUGAAACUAAGUGAUCUGUAAUCCAGGUAGGAGUAUCCCUUUCCUGCAGUCAAAUGACCUAGUGGCCUCAUGGGUGGAACGUUAUUAAUAUUUUUUUUUAUAAACAUUUACAAAAAUUGUAACACUGAAAAUCCGGUGUUUCUAUGUCAAACAGUUUUGUUAUAUUUCAGUCUUCUGUGAUGUAUAUAAAGUGUAAUAUUGGGGGCAAACUCAAAACUGAAUACAUUUCAACUCUAUAUCUGACAUGUGUUCUUUUUCUUUUAGCUCAUAACCAUGUGUGUGAGGUAUAUACUUUUAUUUCAUAGUAGAUUUGUUUAAGACAACCAAGAAACACUCUGUGUGACCCUGAUUUAGCCCACUGCAGUAAAAAGUUAAAUACGUCUGUCUCAUUAAAAUUGUUUUAUUUCUAGCUAUUUAGAUUGUUUCUUUGGAGGGUAGUUUUAUGUUUUUGUGCAUUUGGAUUUUUGUGUUUGUGAUAAAUUUUUUGUGAGAGGAGCUCGGAGGAGCCACAUGUUUGAUGCUCCAUCACGAGUAGAUACAGGAGCCAUGCCCUUCUCUUAUUCAUUAUCCUUUUGGAGUGGAAAACUGCUGCUGUUUUUUACAUCAUUCGCUGGAUGAUGGAAGGCAGGUUUCUGGAAUAGACAUCUACAUUGUAGUCCCUAGUCUGCCAUUGAGAGAGGAGAUGGAAACACACAGGAACCAUGCAAGAUACAGACCAUAGUUUGUACGGGAUAGAUCUGGGCUCAGGAUUGGGUCUUGGGCUGCUAACUAAGUCACAUCACAAUGUUUUUAUCUGUUUAUUUAUUGUAAUUGUGAAAGUAUUUCAAAGUCAACAUGUUGAAACUGAGUUGAAAGCUUACGUGAUAUAGGGAGUUUAUGUGGUGACAGCGGGGGACUGUGGUAGUGUAAAAAGCUUUAUCUGGUGGGACAAAGUUAUGCUAAAUGCAAAGUAGCACUAAAUUAUUUAUUUGUUUCAUAAUUUGAUCUCUCUGAUGAGCCAUCUGUUGAAUAGUCAUUCAAGAUGUAGGCCUAUCAUAUGUAUUGCGGGUGGAUGGGUGGAUAGUUUUUACAAGUCUGAAAAGUUUCCCAGUAGGCUAUAUGCUUUGAGUGGGCGCUUGAGACAUAUUUUCAUUUUCGUCAGCUUUACAUACACACUAAUUACAGAAAUUGCAGCCAUUUCACUAAGUAGGCCUUGAGCUCAUUAUUAGUGUCAGUAAAACCUAAGAAUGUUCCAGGGCAUAAAUAGCUCUGUGGUAUACCAGAUAAAGUAAGCUGCUGCCAAACUAACCAGACUACAGGUUUAACCCAAAAUCAUGGUGAUUGCACAGGGUGUUCACAUGUUGACCAUGCUGCUGGAGGAUAAUGAACAAUCAAGCAAAGUGUAGGACAUCACACAAUUUUGGCUGUGGGCACUCCCCUAUGAUGUAACUGUAGAACACAAGACAGGAGAGGAGAAACCAUAUAAGAACAGAACUUAACUUAGUCAAGUUCUACUAAGUUCCAAGUUCUCAGUAGGAAUCACAUUCACAUAACAUAUUUUUAAACGGGUUCCACUAUUUCACUCCAUUUCACUUUACUAAAACAUUCACAUAGCUGGAUUUCUGGAUUUCAUUAUCCUGUCAUUGCUAUGUACGAUCUGUCUAACACUCACUGUUAAAAAAAGGACAAAUCAAAGAUAAAGCGUUGAAAGUAGAAUGGUAAGACAUUGCCACAUCAUCAGACGUCCAUACACCAAAGCCACACAAAGCUUUCCCCACACACCACUCGUCUAGCCCUCUGAUGACAGUGUAGCAUUGGGCCCACAGACUUAUUAUACUGUAUUUGACUCUGAUCUUAGUUCACUGCUGCUAAAUCACACAGACACUCUUCCCGUAAGGAUGACUUAAAUAUAUAGAUGAGGUUGAUGACAGAUGACAGACACAACCUUGUAACCUCUCUAUGGUGACACAGUAAGUUCUAGCAGAGUUGGUGUUUGUGUUCUAUCAACACCAUGUUACUACAAGAGCACUGUCACUGACUUUCACGCCCAGUCACUCUAGUCACUGGGUCAGGUUUCAAUUGGCCUUCUCUAAGAGUGUCAACUGACACAUUCCUCAAUCUACUUCCAGAAGAGAUGCAUACAUUUAGAUUUGUUGACUACUACCUCAAUGAGUAAAUUAGAGUUUAAUACGGAAUUGUAGCUUUUUGUGAAAUCAAUAUUCCCCAAAGAAAAGCUGUUUAUCGGAAUCAGAAGACAUUUUACAUGAUAUUGCACUCCAAUAUUCAAGGAUAAUACUGUGGCUUAGGCAACAGGAAAUGUCCAGUAGUAUCUCACACCUGUCUGCUUCUUGGUAGUUUGUAAUGGUGACCUGUUGAUGUCUACAGGUUGGAGACCUUGAUGGUGAUCACAACCUAAGCUCAAAAGAUCAGAGCCUGAUAUGGAGCUGCGACUGGGAUGCAGGGCUUCCCUGGUCCUGAUCAUACUGGGCCUGACGCUCUCAGGACAGAGGGUUGAUGCUCAGAGCAGGGCAGGUAAGGACAUCAGCUGUUAAUAGCUGAUUCAAAUAGUAUUUGUUUUCUUUCAUAUACUUUGAGCCACACUGAGCUUGUCUGGAACCAAUGGAGUAGAAACCCUGCCCACCUGGCACUCCACACUACAGUGCCUUGCAAAGGUAUUCAUCCCCCUUCGCAUUUUUCCUAUUUUGUUGCAUUUCAACCUGUAAUUUAAAUGGAUUUUUAUUUGGAUUUCAUGUAAUGGACAUACACAAAAUAGUCCAAAUUGGUGAAGUGAAAUGAAAACAAUAACUUGUUUCAAAAAAUUAAAAAAAUAAAUAACGGAAAAGUGGUGCGUGCAUAUGUAUUCACCCCCUUUGCUAUGAAGACCCUAAAUAAGAUCUGGUGCAACCAAUUACCUUCAGAAGUCACAUAAUUAGUUAAAUAAAGUCCACCUGUGUUCAAUCUAAGUGUCACAUGAUCUGUCACAUGAUCUGUUCUGAAAGGCCCCAGAGUCUGCAACACCCCUAAGCAAGGGGCACCACCAAGCAAGCGGUACCAUGAAGACCAAGGAGCUCUCCAAACAGGUCAGGGACAAAGUUGUGGAGAAGUACAGAUCAGGGUUGGGUUAUAAAAAAAUAUCUGAAACUUUGAACAUCCUACGGAUCACCAUUAAAUCCAUUAUUAAAAAAUGGAAAGAAUAUGGCACCACAACAAACCUGCCAAGAGAGGGCCGCCCACCAAAACUCACGGACCAGGUAAGGAUGGCAUUAAUCAGAGAGGCAACAAAGAGACCAAAUAUAACCCUGAAGGAGCUGCAAAGCUCCACAGCGGAGAUUGGAGUAUCUGUCCAUAGGACCCCUUCAAGCCGUACACUCCACAGAGCUGGGCUUUAUGGAAGAGUGGCCAGAAAAAAGCCAUUGCUUAAAGAAAAAAAAUAAGCAAACACGUUUGGUGUUCGCCAAAAGGCAUGUGGGAGACUCCCCAAACAUAUGGAAGAAGGUACUCUGGUCAGAUGAGACUAAAAUUGAGCUUUUUGGCCAUCAAGGAAAACGCUAUAUCUGAAGCAAACUCAACACAUCUCAUCACCCCGAGAUCAACAUCCCCACAGUGAAGCAUGGUGGUGGCAGCAUCAUGCUGUGGGGAUGUUUUUCAUGGGCAGGGACUGGGAAACUGGUCAGAAUUGAAGGAAUGAUGGAUGGAUAAAUACAGGGAAAUUCUUGAGGGAAACCUGUUUCAGUCUUCCAGAGAUUUGAGACUGGGACGGAGGUUCACCUUCCAGCAGGACAAUGACCCUAAGCAUACUGCUAAAGCAACACUUGAGUGGUUUAAGGGGAAACAUUUACAUCUCUUGGAAUGGCCUAGUCAAAGCCCAGACCUCAAUCCAAUUGAGAAUCUGUGGUAUGACUUAAAGGUUGCUGUACACCAGCAGAACCCAUCCAACUUGAAGGAGCUGGAGCAGUUUGCCUUGAAGAAUGGACAAAAAUCCCAGUGGCUAGAUGUGCCAAGCUUAUAGAGACAUACCCAGAGAGACUUGCAGCUGUAAUUGCUGCAAAAGGUGGCUCUACAAAGUAUUGACUUUGGGGGGGUGAAUAGUUAUGCACGCUCAAGUUUUCUAUUUUUUUGUCUUAUUUCUUGUUUGUUUCACAAUAACAAAUAUUUAGCAUCUUCAAAGUGGUAGGCAUGUUGUGUAAAUCAAUGAUACAAACCCCCUCAAAAAUCAAUUUUAAUUCCAGGUUGUAAGGCAACAAAAUAGGAAAAAUGCCAAGGGGGUGAAUACUUUCGCAAGCCACUGUAUGUCAAUCUUCAGUAGUUAGAAAGAAAAUAAAUAAAUACUAUUUGAACCAAAGCCUGGUUCCUACUAUCUUUAUGUACAGUACUGGAAGUUCCUCAGGUCUGAAUUCUAACAUACUACCAUCCACUUCCUCUCAGGCUGUAAGAACGUGCACUAUGACCUGGUGUUCAUCCUGGACACGUCGUCCAGUGUGGGGAAGGAGAACUUUGAGAAGAUCCGCCAGUGGGUCUCCAACCUGGUGGAGUCGUUCGACGUGGGCCCGGACAAGACGCGCGUGGCCGUGGUGCGCUACAGUGACCGGCCCACCACAGAGUUCAACCUGGGACGGUACCUCACCAUGGACGAGGUGAAGAGGGCCGCCAGGAACAUCCGCUACCUGGGCGGGAACACUAUGACCGGGGAUGCUAUCAGCUACACCACCACCAACAUCUUCACAGAGCGGGCCGGGGCCAGGCCUGCAGCCAGGGGCAUCCAGAAGGUGGCUAUCCUCCUGACGGACGGGAGGAGCCAGGAUUACGUGUUGGAGCCUUCCAAUGCUGCGGCAAAGGCCGGGGUGAGGAUGUUCGCGGUGGGCAUCGGGGAGGCUCUGAAGGUGGAGCUCGAGGAGAUCGCUGCGGAACCUAAGAACGCUCACCUGUUCCAUGUUACAGACUUCAAUGCCAUUGACAAGAUCAGAGGGCGGCUGAGGAGACGGCUCUGUGAAAGUAAGUAACCAAUCACACAGGCUCCGUGAGAGUAAGUAACCAAUCACAGGCUGAGAAGGAGGCUCUGUGAGAGUAGAUUUUCAGGUGUAGGAGUUUUCUGUGACUGCCCUUACUCUUUAGUUUGUCAGUUUCGAGAAAACAGAUUCCAACAAGAGGUCUACAUUACAUACACAAUCAGGAUAUCAGAAUUGGGUUUCAAAUUCAGUUGAAAAUGCAGUUAUUUCUAUCAAUCAAAAGCCUCAACCUUCUUACUAUACAAUCUGUGACUUUGAACUGCACUUUAAAGAUAGCUAAAUCUAUAUCACUCUGAAUGUAUGUAUCCUUAAAUGACACUGUGAUUAUCCCCUAAACCUUACACUCCAAAACUAACCCUUUUACACCCCUAAGCAAGACCCUAAUCCCAAACUCCACCCCACACCUUAAUUCAAUUACAGUACAUGAGCUAUUUCACAUGGCUUUCCUCUCGACUAGGCCUUUCCUCUCGACUAGGCCUUUCCUCUCGACUAAGCCUUUCGUCUCGACUAGGCCUUUCCUCUCGACUAGGCCUUUCCUCUCGACUAGGCCUUUCCUCUCGACUAGGCCUUUCGUCUCGACUAGGCCUUUCCUCUCGACUAGGCCUUUCGUCUCGACUAGGCCUUUCCCCUCGACUAGGCCUUUCCUCUCGACUAGGCCUUUCCUCUCGACUAGGCCUUUCCUCUCGACUAGGCCUUUCCUCUCGACUAGGCCUUUCCCCUCGACUAGGCCUUUCCCCUCGACUAGGCCUUUCCUCUCGACUAGGCCUUUCCUCUCGACUAGGCCUUUCCCCUCGACUAGGCCUUUCCUCUCGACUAGGCCUUUCGUCUCAACUAGGCCUUUCCCCUCGACUAGGCCGAUCCUUCCUGUACUUCCUCGUCUCUGAUUGGGUGUGACAUGAUAUGUGUGAGGUGUGGGCGUUACGCAGAGAUCAGCUCGUAAAUGACAGUUUUUGAGACCGAUACAUUUUUGUGGCCGCUUGCCCCAGUGACUUGGGUAAGAGGUGUGUAACGCUGGAUAGCCUGAAUUACUCUAACCUCAAUGUAUUUUCCAGGACCCAGCUACACUACUACACAUCCUCCGACAGGGAAACUUUCAGUACAAAUAUGUUGCAUUAUUUUUGUUUGCCAUUAUAAAUAACAACACGUAUAUACUAUAUUAAAAAUGUCUUGACAAGAAAAAUAGAUAAGUGCUAAAACAGUGAGGUAUGUGGCCUGGGACGGCUCUGGGCUGGUGAGAAAAGUGGAGUAGUGAGUAUGUAUUGUAUGUUCAGGACAGGAGGUGGAAGAUGAUUGGUUGGAUGCUUCACACUCCACAAUUUGCAUUCCCCACUAAAAUUAGCUGAACAUGAAAGCAGGGUAUGUCUGAAGCUGUAACGUCUAAACGGAAUCCUUGGGACCUCCCAACUCUGACGUCAGCCUAUUAAAGUUGAAAUUUAAAAUGGUUAAGGUUAGGGAAGAGUUAUGGUUAGGGUAAGGAUAUGGGUUAAGGUUAGGGUUACGGCAAAGACAGCACAGUAUGGUUUAGAAACUCUGGUUAGGGUUUCGGGAAGGGACGUCCCAAGGAUACCGGAUAGCACUAACCUGCCUGAAACCCUGGCUGCAAAACAGUAAAUAAGGAAGAUGAAAUGACACGGUCACACGGCUGUACCUGACGAUUAGGGCCUCGUCACGAGAAAAGUGUUGGACCAUCAUUUCAACAUAGCCUGUCUCUGAAAUGCCACCCCAUUGGGCUCUGGUCAAAAGUAGUGCACUAUGUAGGGAAUAGGGUGCCAUUUGGGAUGCAGCCAUAUUCUCACUUACUGCUGAAGAGCACAACAGGAUGGCAACAGUACAAUACUCAGAGCUGUGUUUAGACAGGAGUCCUUGUGUAAUUAGUGAUACUUGAGUUUGGCAGGACACUAGGAGAUUCAUUUGGAAGCUCUUAACCCUGACCCUUCCCUCUGAGACCACAGAUUCCAAUGUUAAUAUACCCACCUUGAAGUCAGUCUAUAAAUUCCUCUCUAGUCAUAAUGCUUUCAGACAUACCAUCUAUUACGAUAUGGGGAUAAGGGUACUCAGGGGUCACCACAUAGAACCUCUUUUACCCUGGACAACUAGUUCAUGGCCACCCAAAAUGUUUCCUUCUGUAAUCUCUAGCAUCACCAUGUUAGUGGGCACCGCAGAGUGGCCCAAGUUAUUUUUGCUCUGAAAAUUACAGUUCUAAUGUUUCAAGUAGGUCCUAAAGAGCAGUUUAUGACUUCCACGUUGUAUGUUUUCACCUUUUCAUCUAACUGUUAAACACAGUGCUGGGAGAAUAAUAUAUAUAUAAACAGAAACCUUUUAACUCAACUAAACCUCAGUGAAUGAGAAAGGCGUGUUUGCCAAAUCGAAGACUAUUCAACUGCCAUAAUUGUACUUAUGAGGUAAUACAGUAGACUGAAUUAGGUACACUCCUUAGUUAGAGCAUGUUUUCAGUUUUAUGUUUUUGAUUAUGUUUUUGUGAACCAUAGAAGUCCACUAGACAAAUUUGGCCUAUUAUGCUUUCAGAUCUGAGCAAAGUGCCUCAUUUUUCUAUUUCAUAUACAUAUGUUUUUCGUUAAACUUAACAAUGAACAGCAGGCUAAAUAAGGCCCAUCACCUGCUCCACUAUGUUUCCUGUUGAUACAAGACCAUGCAUGACCUCCCAAUCCACCCAUGACAUGGCAUUUCCAGUCUCUGCAGAUAUCUCUUUCCCAGAGGUAGUUAGUGAUGGGGGAAAAAAAUCUAAACAGUUACAUAUCGGGAUAUUAUUUUUUACAAUAUAUUGCAACAUUAUUUUGGACAAUAGCUAGGUUUCCAUACAAUUGUCGACAGAUUUUCAUGCAAACGUUCUAAAAUCUGCAUAAAAACUAUAUGUGCAUUUUCCCAUAAAAAAUGUGUUUCCAUCCAAUUGACUUGUUGCAGAUAAAAGGCUGCUGUUAAAUUCUCAUGUACCGAAUAAAAAAUACAAGUUAAAUGGGUUUCAAUCGCAUUUUCAACUCUACUGAUGUUUUUGUCACAAAAACGUUUGCAUUAUAUAGCGAAUGUGCCCUCUCUGGUCUUGGCACGUGCACUGUAGCCAACAGCUCACGGAUACAGCGCGGGUGUAGUUUACAUGAUGAGAUUAUUAUGGUGUUAUGGUGAUUAUAACAGAGUGACAUUUUUUUCAAUUGUUUUAAACGGCAGCCAAGCCUCGAGCAUCAUGUCACCAGAAUAAGACCCUUGAUAUUUAUUGGAAAGGAGCAUUAAGCUCAUCACCUUGCACUUUCACCACCCUGUGGAGUUCAUCACACUUAUUUUGUAUUUAUUUUUAUUGUUGUUGUAUUUUACCCACUUUUUCGAUGUUGUCUCAUCGCUGCAACUCCCCAACGGGAUCGGGGGGCGAAGGUCGAGUCAUGCGUCCUCCGAAACAUGACCCACCAAACCGCGCUUCUUCACACCCGCCCGCUUAACCCGGAAGCCAGCCGCACCAACGUGUCCGAGGAAAGCAUCACAUUUAUUUCAUCUGUAGCCUAAUAAACUGCAUGCUUUCCCGAGUCGUAGUGGGAGUACCACACACAACAUAUCAUUGCGUGACUCCAAGUUUACGUCGAUAUGAUGGUUAUUAUAUCAAUAUUUGCACAUAAAGGUGUUUCCACAGCCGUUGUUUGCAUGUACUUCACUUGCAUAAGAAGGUUGGAUGGAAACCUGGUUAGUAUCAUAAUAUUAUUUUUGCGCUAUUCGGCUGUACCUACACUAAAACUUCAGUAUUUUUCCUUCAUAGCUUGUUCUCCAUCUUCUUUUUAAAUGGUGAGCCAAUUUGUUUCAGAACUUUUAUUUCCAUGACUGAUCAAAACUCGUUUUCUCAUGGCUCUCUCUUGUCCCUCUGCAGCAGACAUACAGUACAUAAGGUGAGCCCCACACUGCAGAUUCACCUCAACUUGAUUAGGACAUGCUGUUGCAUUGUAUGUUACUGCUGGUGUAUGAGACCUAUGAGAUAUCACUCGGCUCCAAAAAGUUUAGGGCUUUGCCCUGCAUUGCUUCCAUUUUAACUCUGAGGCAGAUCUUUAAAUUAUAGCUGUUGGGCCACAAGGAGAGGGAGUGACUAGCUCUGCAGUGAGCUCAGUCUCAGACCUUCAGUUAUGGCUGUAUCUUAAAACACAGUGACUCACGGCUGUCCUUUCAAAGCUAUUGUAAUUGUUGGCCACAAUAGCUAUGUAGUAUUACUCUAACCAUCUCUUUACAAACUGUGUGUUUCUACCGGGAAUUAAAGACCUCCUAUAACCACCAGCAAGUUCGGAUAUGCUUAAAUAAAGGAAAACUCCAGACAAAAACUAUAUUUUGGUAUUUGUUAAUAUAGUCCCAAAAUGUUUUGCAUGUCAGCAAUCAAGUUUUCAAGAUAUGUAACUUUCAAAAUACAGCAUCUUAUGAUGCAAAAUGCAUCAUACUGGCUAUAUUUCUGUAUUUUUAAAGUGAUAUAUUUUGAAAACUUGAUUGGGACUAUAUCAACAAUGGACUAAUGAAACAAAUACCAAAAGACAGUUUCGGGGUGGAAUUUUCCUCUAAAAUAAAAGUAAAAUAAAAUAAAAAAUAAAACACCCAAGUAAAUUGAACAAGCAAGGAUACACAAACAAACAUAAAACACAUCUCAGAGAUAGAGACCACAUCAAAUGUAGAAAUGAUCAGUUACUUAAUUCCUUUUCUGCCACAGUAAACAACUUAUUAUGGCAGCCAGGCACGAACACCGUGAAACACUGUAACAGUCUACCAAGGAUAAACUGUCUACCUGGAUUUUCCCAGGACAUUAUGAACUUGACUCUGCAUUUACAAAGAACAAGGCUUGUCAAGCGACAGAGCCAUCCCUGUAAAAUGGAUACCAUAGUAAAGUUAAAGCCUCCUUAACUCAACAAAGUCCUUUUUAUAGCCACAAUUAAAGAAAAUUACAGGGUCCGACAGUGCAUGAUCGUCAGAGACACGAUCUGCUGCGCGGUUUGGGUGUCUGCCUGCUUUACACACACACAAGUUUACAUGCACCACACACACACACGCAUGCACACAUACACACGCACACACACACACACUUGAGAUUAACAAUACAUUUGGUUAAGUGCCGUUAGUUCCUCUGAUGCGAAUUUAUCAUAGCAUCACAGUUCAAAGGCAAUAAUGUGAGUUAAAACUGAAUUCCUCUGGUCUUAACACAACUAUGAUGAGGAAUUUAAAUAAUUUCACCGUCAAUACCUUUUAGUGCCAGUGUGUCUGCUCUCCUCUCAGUGUUCAUAGCUGAAAACUAUUUCAGAGAUUUUAUUAAUAGAGAUCAAUGCUAUGCAAUGAGAAUUGGUGUCGCUAAUAUGCCUGUUUUUGCACAUUAACAUCAUAUAACAAACCAUGCAGUAUUCCAGGAAAGGUGGGCAAAGAAAUGUGCAGUACAUUUACAGUAUACCCCCUCUCCAAGCAGAGGAGGCUGGUGGGAUGAGCUAUAGGAGGCCAGGCUCAUUGUAAUAGCUGGAAUGGAAUUAAUUGAAUGGAGUCAAACAUACGGUUUCAUAUAUUUGAUAUGGUUACAUGUAUUCCGUUCUAGACAUUACAAUAGAUCCUCCCACCAGCCUCCACUGUCUCCAACUGAGCCACUAGCCUCCAUCCCAGUUUGAACAUCAUACAAAGAACCCCAUCCCAUUAUUGCCAGCAGCAUUGAUACCUGUUACCUCAGCAACAACACAUAGAAAAGUCAGGAUGGGAUCUUCCCUCCUACAAAUAGAAAAUACUUUUCUGCCAAUGUAAACUAACCCUGAGUGGGGCUGUUGCCUUUCCUCUCUGUCACCACUGGCAUCACUUGGCCAUCCCAGGCCUCUGAGAUAUGUGUGUGUGUGUGUGAGAGAGAGAGAGAGAGAGAGAGAGAGAGAGAGAGAGAGAGAGAGAGAGAGAGAGAGAGGCCUGUGAAGUAUGUAUGUGUGUGUGAGUCUAAAACUGUCACCGCUGGGGUUGGUGCAUGCAGCCCCUACUCCUACUGGAGCCAGAGGCAAUGUCUCUUCUGUCUUGGGCAGUCUGACUGUGUCAAACAGACUGUCUCAGAUCUACCGGUAGUUUCAAUGAAGGAUCCCGUUUCAAUGGGACACGCCCUUCAUAACUCCGAUCAUCUAGUUAAAACUAAUUAUCCUUUUCAAUUAAAACAAUGUAGCUAACAAGGUUUCUAGGAUAUGUCAAAGAUUGUAUUCUCUAUAAGACAUUUUUUUUCAUUUCACACUGUGAACAUUGCUUUGUUGACUACAUGAAUCCAAGUGUGUAUUCUUGCAGCGGAAGACAAAUGACAAAGUGUUAACAUGAAUUACUGUAUAUGGAAGGCAUAAACUGCUCAAAAUAAGAUUCUCUGUUACCCCAAUCUAAUUCUGCACUUCUGCUCUCUCCUCAGACGUGCUGUGCCCCAAUAUGAAGGUCCAACCAGACCGCUUCAAGCCCAACAGCACCAGCUAUGGCCUGGAGGAAGUUCCAGGUAAAAACAGCUUUUCUUCUCCACUUUUCACAGUUAAACUUUUCUCAUUGUUACACAUUCAUCAAACAGAAUGGUUAAAAGCUCAAACGCAAUGUAUCUGACUGCAAGGAUCAUUGGAUCUAUGCAAUCAUGGUGUAUAACAGCGUCUGAAAAUAGGCCCACUACACAAAUACCUGUUUUUCAUGAACAUUUGUACUAAGACCAGAUGGUAAAUUCAUUUACUUUCUCUACCCUCUCCUCUAUCACUUCAGACCUUCCUUCGAGAACACAAAGGAAAAAGUUUUUGAGCCAAGCCAAAACAUACCUUUUCAUUUAUCCAUUUGCUGGGACUAGUUUUCCAUUGUUAUAAUGUUACAAAAAGUAUCAAAGCUUGUACAUGAAGCAGCCUACUUCCCUAGUGUUGACCCACAGACUUUCCAUCCAACUACAAGAGAAGGUGGGACGUUUUGCUAAGUGAACACAGACUAUAUUACUAUCUAUGACAACUUAAAAAUAGUCAUUAUGGUCUAGUUCUGUAUUUACUGAUUAUAUUAAGGCAUCUUAGCAGGUUCAGGUUGUUCUUGUGGUCUCUAUUUUCAGUGGCUGUGUAUUUACCGGUAUAUAUAAAAAAGAGAGUUUCUGAGAAAUGUGGAGCGGUAUUGCUUAACCAGAUAAGUAGGAUGUUGUCUUACAGUCUUAAGGGAUCGGAGUUCCUGUCAAUGCCUCCCAUUCACAUUCAUCAUGCUAAGCGGAAAAACAGACAUGGACCGGGAGGGAUGUCUGACUCCUGCUACAGCCUCUUUACCUGGGGAGAGGAAACUGUCAAAUCUAGUGUGAAAUGCAUAAAUGUGGUCCUCUGUAGCUCAGCUGGUAGAGCACGGCGCUUGUAACGCCAAGGUAGUGGGUUCGAACCCCGGGACUACCCAUACACAAAAAAAUGUAUGCACGCAUGACUGUAAGUCGCUUUGGAUAAAAGCGUCUGCUAAAUGGCAUAUUAUUAUUAUUAUUAUAAAAUAUCAUGAAUGCAGAUCAAAAAACAAAUAUUGUAGUCAUGGCACUGAGAUAUCUGAUGUAGAGAACAUCACGUAGUGAGACAUUUUAGAUUAACGGGCUGUUCAAAAUGUUAAUUUGCUUCAUAACCUAACGUGUCAAAGCGGUGUGAAUAAUUGCAAUAACAUACUUCAGAGUUUUGCUGCUUAGUAAUUGUUCCUUUAAUUCUCCUGAGUGCAUGACUACAUGCUUGGUGGUAGGAUAAUCAUGGAUUUAGUGUCAACUGCCACAACCUAAAUAUUUUCACUCAAAAGUCAAGAUUUUGAUACCACGAUGUAGUGCUAAAGGCAGAGGUGGCCAAUUUCAUCUAGCCAAGCAGUAACACCUGGUUUUCAAAUAAGACUGAUUAUCUGAAUCAGGUGUGUUACUGCUUAGCUGGAACAAAAGCCUGCACCCACACAACCCUUAGCGGAUAAGACCCCUGGGGGAGUCCUCUAGGGCAUUCAAGUCCUAACUCAGUCAUGUGGAGCUGCACAUUGAAACAGCUUUUCAGCCAAGUUCAGGAAAACCCUAUCCGGGGGUGAACAGAGGUUUAACAACGUGGGUUGUAAACCUGUCUGAGAAGCUGAGGCCUUCUGGCUGAGCUGGUGUUUGUUUCUGGUGUUUGAAACGACAGUUCCUCCGGUGGUUCCCACUGACUAGACAGGAUACAUCACAUCCUCUAGUAGACAACCCCAGUGCUAAUUAUGUGGCCUGGCCUUUACUAUAAACUGCAAUAUAAAGAGGAAGAAAUCUGGAUAAAUCACUAGAACUAUGCAGCCAAAUUUGUUUGAAGAUGCUUCACAUUCACAACAACAAUAAAUGUGUUGUUACAAGUCACUUUGGAUAAAAGCAUCUGUUAAAUGGUAUAUUACAUUUAGCUGAAUUGUUCAGGCAGAUCUCAGUGUGGGCUUGAUUGAUUGGCAGAUAUGGGUUAAUCCACACACACACACACACACACACACACACAUCACACACACACACGCACACCACUGUAUUUGUGUCUUUUCUGUUGGAGCUUAAACUAAGUGGAGCCACAGCCCUAUUCUGGCCUUGCUAGAUAUCAGGCCUACUAGGUUUGUCUGUUUAAUAGAUGUACUGCCAGAGGACAUUAAACUCCACUUGUUUAAAGGCAGAGGCCUAAAAUAAGCUCCUAUUUGCAAUUAUGUCAUUGGUGCUCCAAUGGAACAGCUCAGUGUGUGUGUGUGUGCGUGUGUGUGUGUGCGAGUGUGUUUGUGUGUAAGGGUUUCCCGGGUUAGCCACCCACCAUAUUAAUGUGGUUUGGAGAGGACACACCCUUUUAAACAACAAUCAAGUCACUAUGGCAAUGCUAGCAGGGCGCAAGGACCAGGGGCAGGGCGUUAACUAAUGCUGACUGCUAUCCAUCUGAUCUCAGUACUACAGCCAAUGGUCCUGUUGUCCUGUAAAUACACAGACAGUCUGGCAUAAUUCACCAUAAAACUGGGUCAAAUUGUAUUUGCACUGUUUGUUUGACUUAGGCCUAGCUUGAAUAACCUGCUGUUUCAUCCUAUGAAUAUAGAUAUCAUUCAUAAGUUAUAGUCUAGACUGCAGUUUGCUAUGAAUGCUACAGAGAAUCACUCUGAAGAGAGUUUUAAUUUUACAUUUACAUUUACGUUUACGUCAUUUAGCAGACGCUCUUAUCCAGAGCGACUUACAAAUUGGUGCAUUCACCUUAUAGCCAGUGGGAUAACCACUUUACAAUAUUUUUUUUUUUUCUUUCUUUGGGGUGGGGUAAGGGAGGGUAGAAUGAUUACUUUAUCCUAUCCCAGGUAUUCCUUAAAGAGGUGGGGUUUCAAGUGUCUCCGGAAGGUGGUGAGUGACUCCGCUGUCCUGGCGUCGUGAGGGAGCUUGUUCCACCACUGGGGUGCAAGAGCAGCGAACAGUUUGACUGGGCUGAGCGGGAACUGUGCUUCUGCAAAGGUAGGGGGGCCAGAAGGCCAGAGGUGGAUGAACGCAAUGCCCUCGUUUGGGGUGUAGGGACUGAUCAGAGCCUGAAGGUACGGAGGUGCUGUUCCCCUCACAGCUUCGUAGGCAAGCACCAUGGUCUUGUAGCAGAUGCGAGCUUCAUCUGGAAGCCAGUGGAGUGUGCGGAGGAGCGGGGUGACGUGAGAGAACUUGGAAGGUUGAACACCAGACGGGCUGCGGCAUUCUGGAUGAGUUGUAGGGGUUUAAUGGCACAGGCAGGGAGCCCAGCCAACAGCGAGUUGCAGUAAUCCAGACGGGAGAUGACAAGUGCCUGGAUUAAGACCUGUGCCGCUUCCUGUGUAAGGCAGGGUCGUACUCUCCGAAUGUUGUAGAGCAUGAACCUACAGGAUCGGGUCACCGCCUUGAUGUUAGCGGAGAACGACAGGGUGUUGUCCAGGGUCACGCCAAGGCUCUUUGCACUCUGGGAGGAGGACACAACGAAGUUGUCAACCGUGAUGGCGAGAUCAUGGAACGGGCAGUCCUUCCCCGGGAGGAAGAGCAGCUCCGUCUUGCCGAGGUUCAGCUUGAGGUGGUGAUCCGUCAUCCACACUGAUAUGUCUGACAGACAUGCAGAGAUGCGAUUCGCCACCUGGUUAUCAGAAGGGGGAAAGGAGAAGAUUAGUUGUGUGUCGUCUGCGUAGCAAUGAUAGGAGAGGCCAUGUGAGGAUAUGACAGAGCCAAGUGACUUGGUGUAUAGCGAGAAUAGGAGAGGGCCUAGAACAGAGCCCUGGGGGACACCAGUGGUGAGAGCACGUGGUGCGGAGACAGAUUCUUGCCACGCCACUUGGUAGGAGCGACCGGUCAGGUAGGACGCAAUCCAAGAGUGAGCCGCGCCGGAGAUGCCCAGCUCGGAGAGGGUGGAGAGGAGGAUCUGAUGGUUCACAGUAUCAAAGGCAGCAGACAGGUCUAGAAGGACAAGAGCAGAGGAGAGAGAGUUAGCUUUAGCAGUGCGGAAAGCCUCCGUGACACAGAGAAGAGCAGUCUCAGUUGAAUGACCAGUCUUGAAACCUAACUGGUUUGGAUCAAGAAGGUCAUUCUGAGAGCGAUAGCAAGAGAGUUGGCUAAAGACGGCACGCUCAAGAGUUUUGGAGAGAAAAGAAAGAAGGGAUACUGGUCUGUAGUUGUUGACAUCGGAGGGAUCGAGUGUAGGUUUUUUGAGAAGGGGUGAAACUGUUCUGUGAGCUCGCAAUGAGUUGUCAAGCCACGGAGCAGGAGGGGAGGACCGAGCCGGCCGGGAGGAUAGGGGACAUAGAGAGUCAAAAGAUGCAGAAAGGGAGGAGAGGAGGGUUGAGGAGGCAGAAUCAGGAGAUUGGAGGGAGAAGGAUUGAGCAGAGGGAAGAGAUGAUAGGAUGGAAGAGGAGAGAGUAGCGGGAGAGAGAGAGCGAAGGUUGCGACGACACAUUACCAUCUGAGUAGGGGCAGAGUGAGUAGUGUUGGAGGAGAGCGAGAGAGAAAAGGAUACAAAGUAGUGGUCAGAGACAUGGAGGGGAGUUGCAGUGAGAUUAGUAGAAGAACAGCAUCUAGUAAAGAUGAGGUCAAGCGUAUUGCCUGCCUUGUGAGUAGGGGGGGACGGUGAGAGGGUGAGGUCAAAAGAGGAGAGGAGUGGAAAGAAGGAGGCAGAGAGAAAUUAGUCAAAGGUAGAUGUAGGGGGGUUAAAGUCACCCAAAACUGUGAGGGGUGAGCCAUCCUCAGGAAAGGAACUUAUCAAGGCAUCAAGCUUAUUGAUGAACUCUCCAAGGGAACCUGGAGGGCGAUAAAUGACAAGGAUGUUAAGCUUGAAUGGGCUAGUGACUGUGACAGCAUGGAAUUCAAAUGAGGUGAUAGACAGAUGGGUCAGGGGAAAAAGUGAGAAUGUCCACUUGGGAGAGAUGAGGAUUCCUGUGCCACCACCCCGCUGACCAGAUGCUCUCGGGGUAUGCGAGAACACAUGGUCAGACGAGGAGAGAGCAGUAGGAGUAGCAGUGUUUUCAGUGGUAAUCCAUGUUUCCGUCAGCGCCAAGAAGUCGAGGGACUGGAGGGUAGCAUAGGCUGAGAUGAACUCUGCUUUGUUGGCCGCAGAGGCUGCCGGAGACCUGGAACUCCACGUGGGUCGUGCGUGCAGGGACCACCAGGUUAGAGAGGCAGCAGCCACGCGGUGUGAGGCGUUUGUAUAGCCUGUGCAGAGAGGAGAGAACAGGGAUAGACAGAGGCAUAGUUGACAGGCUACAGAAAAUGGCUACAAUAAUGCAAAGGAGAUCGGAAUGAAAUGAACUAAACAUCUGGGAAAGCGAGAGAGCGGGGCCUCCCUCACUUACGUUUCACUGAAACACCCAAAUAUAACUCUCCCAACUUCCACCUCAGAUACUAUAAUUGUUGUAAACUACAGCGGUUCAAUGUUUUCUAGGAAUAGACUAACUUAGUUUAUUCAGCUAGCUAACUUGGUACAGUAUUCUUCCGUGAAAACCGUCCAGGGCACCUAGUCCUAGGACGCCACAGCCAACUAGCAUGCCAGCCUCCAACAACACGGUUUAGCACCAAUACUCGGUCACAACAAACCACCAGUGUGUCAACACGCCAAGCAGAUCAUUCGUGUCCGUGUCUAAUGUUGUGGGUUAGUCCUGACAGCUUGAGCGAGUCCGUCGUCAACUUAUUCAGCCAGUUAGUUAGCUAGAAUAGUUAGCAUACUAGCUAGCCAUUGCUUUCUGCCAAUGAAAAAACCCCUCCACCCACGGCACGAACACACAGAGAGAGCCAAGCUAACGUUAACUAGUCACCCAUGUCCCGAAUUCCCUUGAACGACUCUGGCUACCAGUAUGUGAAAACAAAACACAAAUGUAGGUUAUAACUUACCCCUAGCAGCUACUGUUAGCUAGCCAAGUGCAAAGCUAGCCACUGAAUCGACUCAGCCAGUUCGCGUCUGUUCGCUAGGUCGUUCCAGCUAUUGUUUAGUUAGCUAUCCAGGUAGCAACAAGCUAGCUACAUUUCGAGCUCAGUAGCUACUUACUAGCUAACGUUAACGCUUCAGACAAUGAGGUUAGAAAAACAGCUGAAUGGUAGGCAUUAUUGUAUGUAUUUAUUGUAGGCAGCUAGCUGGCGUAAUUACAGACACUCUUAAGCGUGAAACAACUAUCCACAGUUGCUAAUAGUUACCAGUAGCUACACGCUAGCUAGUCCAGGUAAGCUUAAUCAGGCUACAGUAUACAUUUUCUCAGCUAGAUUUGAAUCACAUUUCCCAUAUGGACAUAAUUCAGAAGGAAUAUGACUUGUGAAUGUCAAUAUGUGAUACUUAACAUUGUUCAGGGGGCAGUUAAGUUUCAUUAUGAAGGCGGUAAUGUGACAGUGCUACUGAAGCCUACAGGCAGGUGGCAAACUGCACAGGCUGCAGAUACACCAUUAGCAACACAUUUUUUAAACCUUAAAACAUACAGGGGCCCCAUAGCCCUGUCAUAGCAUGCUGCUGGAUAACUGUCGAAGGGACCCCAUAGCCCAUCAACUGUCUGAAACAAUAAACAUUCCUCUGACCUGCUGCAUCUAUCUACUUCAUCUCACAGCAAGGAAGUGCCAAGUACUCAGACAGACAGACAGGUCUACUGGUCUGUGGGGUUAACUGCCCCGCCCCACCCCGCCUAGACAAUUAUGGUAGAGUAACACUUUGAGAUCAGAUGUCAUCUGGGUGGGUCGUGGUCGAGGAGGUACCCAACUACCCAUAAUCCAGCUGAGGUUUUUUAUAGCUCUGUUUUCUCUUCUGUCACCGUGCUGCACUAUGCAAAUACUCUCCAUGCUCUGUGCACUCGCUGAGUCCCGUGGCUUUAAUGACGAGCCGGGCUGUAGGACAGACCUGUAAUUUGGAUUGGCAGAGGAUGCUGUAUAAUCAUCAUCCUCCAAAAAGUUAUUCUGAAAAGCCAGAGAAUAGACGGCCAAUGGGGCGACCUGGCUCUGUGGGGAACGCCAAAUGAGUGCAGUAACUGGGAAAGGGAAAGACAUUCUUUUGAUCCGGACAGGGGCAACAUCUGGGCACUAGGCUGCCGUGAUCGUCGGUUCAUAAUUACACACAGUGGGGAUAUCAUGGUCACCAGUCUAUGGUUCUAUGGUUCUCUGCUGACUCGCCACUUGUUCAAUAGGAUUGCUGAAUGGUAGGAGACCCUACGCCUAAACCAGUCUGGGAAGUUUUCAUUCAAAUAGCUACUGGCAGUCUAUUAGUGGGCAACCACAAACUACAGAGAGGAUUUCCUUUUGUUUGUAACUUUUCUUUUCUCAAGUGAUGACAUAUGGUGGAGACCCCAAAUAUGCAUAGUUCUACUCCACUUUAGGGCGUGAGAAUUGUUUGGUAUUUUGAGUGAUCAUUGCUUGUUUUGUGCUGGGAUGGCAAAUGCCCAUUUGCUACAUCCAGAAUCACUAUACAAAACCUUGUGAUCUCUCUCUCUCUCUCUCUCUCUCUCUCUCUCUCUCUCUCUCUCUCUCUCUCUCUCUGUCUCUCAAAACCCCCCAAAUUGAACUGUAUCAAUCUGACUAGCUAGUAAGGAUAUAUAUAUAUAUAUAUAUAUAUAUAAAUUGUGAGAAACAGUAUACAGUAAAUAUCAUCCUAUCUACUUGGGUAUCUGUCUGUCAGUCGUUUUCAACCUAUAGCUCUUUUUAUGGUUUUUAGUGUGUUGCUCUGGACUUUUCAUGAUCUGUGCUCCCUCUGUUGGUGAUCAGAAGAAAGUUCUACAAACCACUUCAAUUAUUUGAUUUACUCAGCUAUAACUUUAGGCUAAUCAUGUUAUUUUCUGUCCUGUCUGUUGCAGGGUUCGACCUGAUGGAAUACUUCAAAGUGGAAAACAUACUGGGAUCAAGGAUUGAUGAGGGCCAGAGUUCCUAUGUCCGACUUGGGACCAUGCCUAUUGUACAACAGACAGAGUGAGUGAACAAUUCUGUAUUUGCUGUGACAAAUAGGCCUACAUUUAAUUCACAGGCCACGGUUUACAUUGAUUGAUUGAGUUGAGUUGCUGACAGGUCUUCCAUCACAAUCUUCCUAUCCUAAUAAAAAGUGAAGACACAAUUCAGCAACUGUUGGAGGGCAGUGGAAGUUUAUUUUUAAUUUUUUUUAAAGCUUCUUUAUUGAUAACACCAACAUGUUUCUACCCUUAGGCUACGUUUACACAGGCAACCCAAUUCUGAUAUUUUUUUCUACUAAUUGGUAUUUUUACCAAUCAGAUCAGCUCUUUGACAAUGAUUGGGCAAAUUAUCAGAAUUGGGCUGCUUGUGUAAAUGCUUUUAUAGGCUACAUUUGAAAAUGGCUUCCAAUAGGUUCAGGUGUUAUGAUACUGAUGGUUUGUCGAGACUGAUGUUUUUUAUGGCUGUGGCUCCCAGCACAGCUCCAUUUAGUUGUUGCAUCGGGGAUAUCAGUGCAUUUCAACAUAACACGUUGGGGGUAAUGAAACAACGGAGCCCCAUUCAUUUUUAAUGGAGGGAAGUGAAGUGGGCGGGGGGACCGUUGGGGAAAGCUGAACUUUAUGCAAAUACUCCACAAUAUCGCAACGCUAUUGACCAAUCAAAGCUCACUAUACCUUCCAGACCCUACUCGAUUGGCUGUUGAUACCUAGCACUACCUAGCUUGCUAGCACCCACAUGAGGGCAGAGCUAGAGUGACUAUCCGAAAAGCUGUUGUUGACAACUAUAGCAUUUUAGCUAAGCCUAACCCUAACCCUUUUCCUAACUUUAACCUCAUUCUCCUAACCUGCUAUGUUAAUUAUCUUAACCUUCUGCAUUAAUUCUACUAACCUGCUACGUGAAGUCACUUCUGUCCAUAGCUGGGUACGCUUAGCUACAGUUGUCAACAAAUCAUCAGUCUUGACACACCAUCAGUAUCACCAAACCUGUAAUAAUAGUUUUCAUCAACUUCCACUACUUUCCAAGAGUUGCCUAAUUUCAUCUUCACUUCAGUUUACUGUUCAAUUCUAAUGAUGUGUCGUUCGCGAACAAACAGCUCUUUUUGAACGGUCCUUGCUACCCGGGAUGUCCCUAUCUCUUUGAAGUUGACAUUUAAAAUGUUUAAUGUAAGGGUUAAGGUUAGGGUUAGGGUUUAGGAAAGGGACAUCCAAAGGAUCCAGUUAGCACUAACCCAUUAUGAAUGGCUCUUGAUAGUGAAUGUUAGGAACCGAAUCGCAUCGGUGAAAGAGACGUUUACUUGGCUCCCUGAUUUGCAUACUGCUACUACUACUUUUUGAGCUUCAAACAAUGAUUAUCUGCUUACAGAAUCAUUCUCUGAAGAUGGUGAAUCCUCACUGCAGAAACAAUAAAUAGUGGGGAGAGCACCUCAUUCUGUUUCACACUGAUUUUGGCAGUGCCCCGUAAAAAAAUGAUUAAUUGGCAACCCUCUGUGCUGUUGUUUUCUAGAGAUGUUUUCCCUCAAGGUCUGCCAGAUGAAUAUGCCUUUGUGACGACUUUCAAGUUCAGGAAGACCUCGAGACGAGAGGACUGGUACCUCUGGCAAAUCUUUGACAAGUAUGGAAUUCCACAGGUGGGUUAUCAUAGUGGUGUGUGUGUGUGUGUGUGUGUGUGUGUGUGUGUGUGUGUGUGUGUGUGUGUGUGUGUGUGUGCAUCAAAAGACUCCAUGCUGAGUCUAUUUGAUUACCAGUUUCAGGGCUGGCAUGAUUAUUGUUUUCCUGAUAAUUUGUACCAUUGAAUAUCAGAGAACAUGUUAUAUUUGCCUAUCAGAUGCAUAGGAGAAUCCUUUCAUUAUUAACACAUUCAACUUUAUUCACUUGAUCCUUCCCCCGGCGCUCCUACCCAGGUGUCUAUCCGUCUGGACGGUGAGAACAAGGCAGUGGAAUACAACGCAGUGGGGCUGACCAAAGACGCAGUGAGAGCUGUGUUCAAGAAUGAGGAGGUGGACAACCUGUUCGACAGGAACUGGCACAAGAUCGCCUUGAGCGUCGAGGCCAAGUCGGUGUCUCUGUACCUGGACUGUAAACUCAUCCAGACCCUGCCCAUCGGGGACAGGGAGGACAUUGAUAUCCACGGGAAGACUGUGAUCGGGAAGAGGCUGUACGACAGCGUGCCCAUUGAUGUGAGUGGCUGGGUGUUCCAAGUAUAAGGGUUGAGGUUAAGAGCAGUGGGAAGUUCAGGGGAAUGGAAGUAUGGUACCGUAUGUGGUGGAACAACAUGGUGGAUUAAGGAAGUACUCUUUAUAUUGUAUUUCUAGACUACAGAUGUGGGAUCUUAAUUUGACUCUUUUGUUGCUGAGAAUUUUCCUGCACAGCAGGAAAUGCAAACUUGUAGUGUACUCAAGGUUUAAAAAGGCUUCUAAAGUUUGUAAUUUCCACUAUGAAAUGUCAGACUUGACUAAUUGGCUAAUUUAGGAAAGGGCCAAUUUUAGCUCGCUAGCUAGCCACCGGAGGACAACAACCCAACGAGAUGCAAUAAUUGAAGUUGUUUCUGUCAAUGACGUAUGCUCUCAAUAUGAUUUGAUAAGAGAGACGCCAAAUCUAUGCUGGCUUCCCUUGACACUUUUUUUGGUGUGCCAGGACCAUUCACAGUUUAGCUCAACGCUGAUUGGCUAAUUUUUUAUACUUUUAUGUCAAGGGAAGCCAAAUGCUCGCUGGCUUCCCUUGCAUUCAAUGCUACGGGCGGCAACAAUGUCAUACUCGUUUGGAUCAGACAGCAUCAGAUAGAUGGCCUACACGUAGAAAGACAGAGGGGCUCUGUUUCGCUCACUCGGAUGCUUUCUCCUGUGAGAUACAGUAUAUUCAGCCUCUUGCAAAUUGAAGAACAAUUCUGAAACGCAGAGAGACGAAAUAUACAUUAUUUAAUAGUUUUUGGUUGUUUUUUGGGAAGCCUGGCUUACCUUGGCAUCCAUGAAUACGCGCCACUGUUCUAAAGUUUGUAAUUUCCACUUUAAAAUGUCAGACUUGAUUUGCCCUAACGAAUCAACUCCUACAAAAAUGUCCAUUAAUUAUAAUCCACAUAAUAAUUCACAUUUCCUGUUGCUGCAGGACAGUUGGUAGAGCAUGGCGCUUGGAACACCAGGGUUGUGGGUUCGAUUCCCACUGGGGGCCAGUAAGAAAAAUGUAUGCACUCACUAACUGUAAGUCGCUCUGGAUAAGAGCGUCUGCUAAAUUACUAAAAUGUAAAAUGUGCAAACUGGCUCAAAUUAAGAUCCUACAUCUGUAGUGUUCAUCUUGUGAUUCUGUGUUCAUUUACUGUACUGUAGUGUAUGUUUAGCUUACUUUGUGACUUUCUGGCCCUGCAGUUUGACCUCCAGAGGAUGAUGAUCUACUGUGACUCCAAACACGCUGAGCUGGAGACCUGCUGUGAUCUGCCCACCGGGCCGGUGAGUCAGACAGUCUGACAAACAGGGUACCUGUCUCUGUGGUAGUCCACUCCAGGAGCAUGUCUGCCAUGGUUUUCAUACUCACCUUACAGUGGUGGGCCACUCCAGUGAGUCAGCCAAUCAUCUGUCACUGUGGUGGGCCUGGGCCACUGUGCUGGACAGAAUGCCUAUCAUGCCUCACUGCUUCCUGAGAGCCAUCUUUCCUUUUUCUCAUUUUCUCUGUCCUGUCCACUUACCUGGCUCACCUUCAGAUGGUAACACAGUUUUUUAAUUCCAGUGCCCCAAGAAGGUGGUGACGGAGGCCCCUCCCAUAGAGAUUCCCACCCCCACCCCUGCAGUGGGGGAGCAGCAGGUAGGACCCCAGGCGGUCAACUGCUCCUGUCCUGCUGGAGAGAGGGUAAGAUCUAUUUAUAAACUUGGUGUUCGAGCCCUGAAUGCUGAUUGGCUGAAAGCCAUGGUAUAUGAGACCGUAUACCACGGGUAUGACAAAACAUUUUGUUUUACUGUUCUAAUUACGUUGGUAACCAGUUUUUAAUAGCAAUAAGGCACUUCGGAGGUUUAUGAUAUAUGGGCAAUAUACCACGGCUAAGGGCUGUAUCAAGGCACUCCACAUUGCGUUGUGCAUAAGAACAGCCCUUAGCCAUGGUAUAUUGGCCAUAUACCACACCCCCUCCUGCUUAUUGCUUUAUUAUAGGUCAUAGCUCCUCUAUAUCAAUGGUCAUGUGUUUUACGGUUUCCAAAGAUCUGUUUAUUUAAAGGGAUACUUAGUGAUUUUGGCAAUGAGGCCCUUUAUCUACUUCCCCAGAGUCAGAUUAACUUGUGGCUACCAUUUUUAGGUCUCUGUGUGCAGUUUGAAGGAAGUUGCUAACCAGCGCUAGCGCAAUUGCUAACUAGCGUUAGCAUAAUGACUGGAAGUCUAUGGUAUCUACUAGCAUGCUAGCAGAUACCCAUAGACUUCCAGUAAUUGCACUAACCCUAGUUAGCAUUGGCUCGCGAAACUACCGCUAACAUACUGGACACAGAGACAUAAAAGUUCAUCUGACGCAGGGAAAGUAGAUAAAGGGCCUCAAUGCCAAAAUUCCAAGGUAUCCCUUUAAUGUUUUACUCACUUGCAAAAUAGAUCUUAUUUUCAAUGUGACUACAUGAUGAAAUAAUGGAUAAAUAAAUGUUCCUUCCCCACAGGGAGAGAUUGGUGUACCUGGUGUUGCCGGUCCCAAGGGUGAAAAGGUCAUCUAACGCUCCUCCUAAGCCAAAUCUCAUGUGUGAUGCAACAAUAUUCCUAUUUUCUGAAUCUAUUAGCUCUGGGCUCGUUGUUGUGCUCUGUCAUAAUGCCACAUGCCUACUCUUUCAGGGUGAUACUGGUGCUCUGGGAGCGGUUGGACCUUCUGGCCUCAAGGGUGCCAAAGGAGAAACUGUAUGA